AUGGCGGGGCCGGCAGCAAGAGGGGCGUCGUCAGCAGGCGUCGUCAGGCAGGGGCGUCGUCAGCAGGGGCGGCGACAGGCAGGGGUGUCGUCAGCAGGGCGGCCGACGCAGAGGGGCGUCGUCAGCAGGGGCGGCGGCAGCAGGGGCGGCGGCAGCAGGGGGUGGCGGGCAGCAGGGGCGUCGUCAGCAGGGGCGUCGUCAGCAGGGGCGUCGUCAGCAGGGACGGCGGCAAGCAGCGGGGCGGCGGCAGGUCGAGCGAAGUUGGCCCUCCUAUCUGCCCUUUACCUCUAG